ACCCACCAUGUCAUUUUUCGAAGCAAUCCGCUCGAAGGCGGCUCAGUUAUCUCUUUUUGACAAGCCCAACACCACCGUACUCUCCAAAGAUGAGGUCUUUCAGAAAGAAUUCUCCCUCCCGGCGCUGGAGACGAUUGUGGAUGAGAUCUCCGCUGAGGUGUGUGUGAUUCCACCCGCCAGCAAGGACACCCAGGGCAACAACCAGUUUUACCAGGGGAAAUUGUACCUCACUCCGAAGUUUCUCGUCUUCAGAGACGUGUAUGACCGCAAAAUGUGCCUGUUUGCGCUUCAUUUAUCGACGGUGAAGAAGCUCGAGCGCGUACCGACCCGAUCGUAUGUGUUUGCGUUGUCAGUAAAGACGUACUCGGGGUUUAGCUUUGUGAUUCAGUUUAUUGGGAUCCGAUCGCACUCUGAGCAAUUUUCACAUGCGUUGAAGGUGAAGUUGAAGGAGAAUUUGGUGAAUAUCAAGCAGCUCCGGCCGUUUGUCGAGACGCUCUAUUCGGAGUAUUUGGUAGCAAAAAGUCUUGCGGCGAGCACUGGAGCACCGGCAACAGGGACUCGCCCCGGCCAUACACCUGGGGUUUUGCCCGGCCUUGCGAACGUCGUCCACCCUCCGGGUGGCCUAGGGCUAGAGUUUAAAUACCCCGGUGACGCCAAGGCCCUCCGCGACAAAUCCAAAAUGCGCUUCUGGUUUGGCUACUUCCGCGCCAACGGGCGCCACCUCGCACUCACGCGCGUGCCUUUAUUCUACAAGCUCGUUCGCGUGGGCGUGCCCAAUCGUCUCCGGGGCGAGAUCUGGGAGUUGUGCUGCGGCUCGAUGUAUGUGCGCUUCAAGAACCCAGGGGUUUACCAAGGCCUUUUAAACAAAUACAAGGACCAGGAGUCGCUAGCGAUUGAGGAAAUCGAAAAGGACUUGAACCGAUCCCUCCCGGAAUACCCGGCGUACCAGAGCCCCGAGGGUAUCAACCGCCUCAGACGUGUGCUCACCGCCUACUCCUGGCGAAAUCCGGAUAUUGGCUACUGCCAGGCGAUGAACAUUCUCGUGGCAGCGCUUUUGAUCUACAUGUCCGAGGAACAGGCCUUCUGGUGCCUUAACAUCAUCUGCGAGAAGCAAGUGCCUGGGUACUACUCCAAGACGAUGUACGGCACGUUAUUAGACCAGAAGGUGUUUGAGUCGUUGGUUGAGAAGACGAUGCCGAUGCUCGCGGAGCACAUUUCGCGCUAUGACAUCCAGCUCUCGGUGGUUUCCCUUCCGUGGUUCCUUUCGCUCUAUCUCAGUUCCAUGCCACUUGUCUACGCCUUUCGGAUUGUAGACGUUUUCAUGCUCCAGGGACCUCGAACGCUCUUCCAAGUGGCCCUUGCAGUUUUGCGCAUCAACGGGGAACAGUUGCUUGAAAGUGACGACGAUGGCGCGUUUAUUCUGAUCCUCAAGGAGUAUUUUUUGACGUUGGAUCAGUCGGCCCAUCCAAACUCGCCGAAUGAAAAGUACCGCUCGGUGACCAAGUUCCAGGAGUUGCUCGUGGUGGCGUUCAAGGAGUUUGCCAACAUCUCCGAUGAGAUGAUUUCACAGCAGCGUGACAGGCACCGCGACAAGGUAUUUGAAGGCGUGGAGAACUUUGUGAAACGGACACAGAUCCGCAACUUGCCCAAGACAAAGAACCUUGCCCAGGCGCAGUUGUCGAACAUUUACUCCCGGUUCUACGGUGUCCAGAGCCACGCGGUGGACAUUGGCGACGAUGGAGGGUCGCUUAUGGAUUAUUACGCAUUUACCGAGCUUAUGGCGGGGAUCGCCCCGUGGGGGAGCGUUGACCACUCGCUUCCGCUCAAUCGCAAGGACUUUAUGCACCGGUUGUUCAGCACCUGGGACUGCGAGAACAGGGGUGGUCUCAGCUUGGCCGAUGUUGCUGUCGGUUUGAACCGCCUUGUGGAACCGGAUCUCAUGGCCAACCUCUCCAACUUCUUUGCAAUGUACGAAAAGGAUGGAAAGGUGGACAGAGACGGGAUGUUGCAGAUGUCGGAGGACUUGCUCUUUGUGACAGCGCCGUGGCGAGACGGGUUGGUGUUGGAUAGGAUUACGCAAAAGGCGAUUGAAUCCGCGAUGGCCGAUAAGAUUGUGGAGUUGAAGAAGAGCAGUGUGGGGGAGUUUGUGAUGCCGAGCCAGGUCGAUGUUGACCGCCAGAAGAUUGAACAGGCACAAACCGAGAGGUAUUUGUCAGCAGCCAGUGGAUUUAUUCAGCGGGCAUUUGAAUAUGCGCAGCCGGAGAUCGUUGAGGCGGCGGGCGAGGCGGAUUUGAUCGACCUAGGCGAGGUCACGGACAAUACGAAUGCUCUUGACAAGAAAAACUUUUCGGAUGAAGCGUUAGUACGUCUCCGUGCCAACGCUGCGUUAGAUCCCGACCAUCCCGUUUCCCUCAAUCUCCCCACCUUUCGCAUGGUUAUCCUUGCGGACGAAACCUACGAACUCCUCUUUUCCGAAUCCUUUGCACACUCCAUCGACAUUGACACACCCAUCAGCUCCAGCGACAAAUCCAACCGCAAUCUCCGCGACAUGUUUGACGGGUUGCUCGCGGACGGGAAGCGCGUGGCAAAUGAGGUCCGCCGCCGCAUGGAUGACGCCUCCAAGGCCGAAACCUCCGACACAAAGGAGAGUAGACCACGCUCGCAGACCAAUGAGGAUGACGAGGACUAUGCGUUCGGGCCAAACGACAACGAUAAGGAUUUGUUGAACGGGGCCGAGGUAGAGGGGUUGAAUGACGUUCCGUUGGACGGCCGGGGUCAAUCUAUUAGCGAACUCAAACAUGAUAUGAACCUCACCGAAAGGAUUGACUCGAAGAAUGCAGAUCUUAUUGAGUUUGAAUUAUGAUUGGGGGUGUAACUCGAGUUUUUCAUGCGAAAAAGGUUUUUUUUUUACCAGAGCCGAUCAAGGUUUUAGACUCUUCGACAAGAUUGAUUUGUAUGAUGGGGUUGAUCUGUCUGCCAAGAUUUGCUGUUUGGAGUGCAUCUAUUGCCAACAUCCUAGUUUCAGCAAAUGGCUAUUUACAUAGUUUUCAGUUUAGAUGUCCUCGGUGUUAAUCGCUUCCAUUACGUUACAGGCUAUGCUAUACAAUUAUUGUAACA